UCAGCUACGGCGCUGCGAUCAGCGCGUGCCAGAAACGGGGGCAGUGGCAGCAGGCCCUGGCGCUGCUCAGCGAGAUCCAGGAGGGGCAUUGGGAGCCGAAUGCCAUCUGUUACAAUGCUGGGGUCAGCGCGUGCGAGAAGGGGGGGCAGUGGCAGCGAGCACUGUCCUUGCUCGGCGAGAUGAGGGAGGAGAGGUUGGAGCCCUCAGCUACGUCGCUGGGAUCAGCGCGUGCGAUAAAGGCGGGCAGUGGCAGCGAGCAGUGUCACUGCUCAGCGAAAUGAGGGAGGCGACGCUGCUAGAGCCCGAAGUCAUCAGCUACAGCGCUGGGAUCAACGCGUGCGAGAAAGGCGGGCAGUGGGAGCGAGCACUGGCACUGCUCAGCGAGAUGAGGGAGGUGACGUUGGUGCCCGACCCGAUCAGCUACGGCGCUGGUAUCAACGCGUGCGAGAAAGACGGGCAGUGGCAGCAGGCGGCAUGGUUGCUUGGCGAGUCUUUUAAAGCGGCUUUCGGGACGUAG